AUGGUAAUUGUUCCUGACAAGGAGGAAGAUCUGGCUGAAGAGGAGGAUAAACCAGCUUCUCAGGAAAAGAUUGUGGUGCCUACCAAAGAGGUCCACGAAGCCAGAAAAGAAAAGAAGACGUCACUCAAGAACACUGACGAGAGGGAGGCCAAAACACCACUCAACGAUGCUGAGAAAGAGAUCAGGAAAGAGAAGAAGGCCUCACUCAAAGCUGUUGAGAGAGAUAGCGAGAGGGAGAAAUCGCCGCGCAAAUCACCACGUAAAGAUACAGAAAGGAAAGAGAAGAAGGUGUCGCUCAAGGCUGUCGAGAAAGAAGAACGAGACGCCAAGUCGCCGCGGAAGGAUAGUAGGAAGGCGUCAAUCAUAAACCUUGAAUUAACAGAUGCUGGCAAAGAAACCAGGAAGGAGAAGAAGGCGUCACUCAAAGAUGGUGAGAAAGAACCACUUGGUGACAUAUCGCCACGCAGACUUGGGGAAAUAUCGCCACGCAGUGGAAAAGAGAUGCUGAAAGAGCAGCAGCAGCAACACGGUAGCCUGGCAGCGAUUCGCGUAUCAGUACUCUACAAUCAAACCGAUGGGAAUGUUCUGACUGGGAGCUGUGGUCCGGCUGUUUCAGAGCAUGGAGAAGCUGGAACCUUCGAUCAUGGUGGUGGACAAGGACGUCCUGACGAGGCCAAAGUCCGAGAGGAGUGA